UAGCAUACGUUUUAUAUACAAAUAAAUGCUUUUUAAGUCAACAUGCGUGCGUUACCUUCAUUGCUUGUUUUGAUUCGAUAGCCGACUUGUGGCAUUUUGCAACACUGAAAUAUUAAAAUAGCUCUGCAGCCCUUGAUUGCGGCGUCGUUUAAAAGCAACUGUAAACUAUUACCAACACAAGCAAAAGAGAAAAUAAAUAAAAAAGACAAGCGUAAAGCGCAAGCAACAAAAACAAUUGGAUUGAGUGCAAUUUAAGAUAUUUUCGCUAAAACUAUCAUGACGCUACCGCGCACUGAGACGCCAUUGAGGCGUUCUGCUGUGGGCAAUCAGACGCUUCGAGAGAGUAUGCUGCACGAGAUGACUAUAACGCCUGUGGCCAAUGAUGAUGAGGCGGAACGUCGUGAGGCACGCAGACGCACGUUGGUGCAGCAACAAAUGCGCACACGCGAAAGCACUGCGCUGGGCUCUAUUGAGGAGGAUGAGACAAUAAAAAAAUGCCUGGACAUUUACAACGGCAACAAGCUAAGUCGCGAUAAUGCCUGGAAUUUGUCGCUGAUCGAUACGUUGUCUAGUCUGUUGGAUCGUCAUCAUCAGUCACUGAGCAACUUCAAGAUUGCUGGCUCCUCGCUGGAGGCUUCCUCAAAGGUUUACGGCCUGCGCGUUGAUUCCAUAUAUCUGGACGUAAUGCGCAUGUCAGCGGGUCUCAAUUCGCGUGUGGUGACAGAGCAACAGCUAAAUGAAGCCGCCGAUCGUGAGGACAAUGCGCCCGAUAAUAAUGAAGGCGGGCAGCCAGCAGAGGGAGCUGAAGCAGUAACGCAGGCAGCGCCGGCUAAGAAGAAACGCACGCGCAAGGCCGUUUCCACAGUGACAAAAAACCCAGAGACCAUUAAUGCCCAGCCGGAUACAGCUCCCCUGCAGGAUCCAGUAUUUGGCAAGCUAAACUCCACAGUGGGCUCUAUUAAUGCCUCUAAUCGACUCAUGAACAAUGUGCUGCCAACUCUGCAGUCGGAGCUGAGACUGUGCACAAGCUAUCGCUUUUGGACAGACAGCGAACUGCCAGCUCAGAUAACAGAUUUUACGCAGGUAAACGCGGAGCAGCAGCAACAGUCAGAUGAGGAGCAGCCUUUAGUCAGUGCCGAUUGGGUAGCCAAGCUGCGUCGCUAUGAGUCACAGUUAAAGCUGCGUCCACUGCAUACGGGUUAUAUUAUAACGGAUACACCCAAUCCAACCAACGCGUCUACAACACAGCCCAUUCAAGAUGAUGACGCUGGCGUGGAUAAUGGCGAUGCUGAUUUUUAUGAGAAUCCAAAGGAACUAUCUAUGGCCUUCGAUAUAAAUGCAGAAUGUGAACCCAUGCCUGAGCUAGAUAUGCCCUCGGCGACAGUUAUGGAAGUGGAUUACCAAGAGCUGGAGGAGCUAACAACUGAAGAGCGCACAACGCUAAAUCAUUGUCGCCCACUACGCAAGCCAGCGGUGCAGGUUAACGAUCUCCGUCCUGUUGAUGGCAACUCAAAACUAGACUACUCUUAUCGUCCAUUGGAGCAAAUUUCACAGUUCUGGGCAGGCCCAACGCACUGGAAAUUCAAGCGUCAGCGCGCUACACGCACUACAUUGGGUCAAAGCAAUUUACAGGACAACAAUGCCGGCGCCGCUGCCGGUGCAGCUGCCACACGUGCACGUCGUGCCGCCCAGCAAGCCGCCAAGCGGCGCAAUCAGCAAUUGAACUUUGGUGUCUAUGCAGAUAACAUGUUCCAACAAGAAUCGAAAACAAAACUGCGCAAGGCGAACUUCCAAAAACGUUGGGAUCCACGCAAGCUUGUGCUACCCACAAGAUACGAAUUCGAGGAGAAUUACUUCUAUAGAUAUGACUUUGCUCCGAGCAUAAAGGUGAGCCGUAAUUUUGGACAGCCGGACGACGAGAUAAUGGAUGUGGAUACGCAUUCCACGCAAGAGAAUGAGGGUGAUGAUGUGGAACUCUAUGACAAUGAUCAUUUUACUGAAGACGCCCCCAUCAUUCCCGAUGCGCUUGGUAUGGAGAUGAGCGGUUUUCCGGCCAGCAAUAGUUUAAUAGACGAUGGGCUCGAAAUGGGUGGAGACACAAUGCUUAAUAAUGAAACUGUGCUGGAGAUUGCUACUGACUUUGAUGGCGCACCCUCACAGGUCACCAAGGUUGUGGUGCCAUUUGCGAAGCGUGCCAAGGUGAUCGACAUGAAGAAUCUUAAACGUAGUUGUAAUUGUUUGAUACAAAAACAAUUACUAAACAAUGUGAUCGAGGAGGAAAUACCACAACAUCCACGUCCCAAGGAGGAGCAUUAUACCAAGGGCAUGGCCUCAUUCACAGAUAUCUAUGACGCGUUGCCAAGCAUUAUAACUGGAAAAAUGGCGGAUUCCCUAUCAACAUCUGUUGCACUCUAUGCUGUUCUACAUUUAGCUAACGACAUGCAAUUGCGACUAAUUUCGCAGAAUGAUUUAGAAAACUUUAUAAUACGACAAGUAACAGACGAUUAAUUAGUUUUAUAUACGGACAUACAUAUAAUAUAAAUUAAGGAAAACAGUGUACUUUUUAACUUGAACAGCUGUUGUGCACGGAUUUUAUU